CUUGUCGAAUUUGUGAAAUCAGCCAGGUGACAUUAGAUGAUGGAUAUUCGUUAUUACUUCAAAGGAUCGCCGUUUUAUACAUAUCACAAUGGAAAAUGUAUCAAUCAGGUUGUGGAUAAAAACCAGUUUUAUAAGGUUCCCGAAACAGUACCUAAUUUUCUUCAAUUUGAAAAUUCUCUCAUAUACAGGUCAUUCAUUUCGAAGAUCGUCUGCUACACUUUUAGUUGAAUCUGGGAGAGACUUGAUGACACUGAAGCAACAUAACGGUUGGAAGUUAUCAACGGUCGCUGAAGGGUAUGUUGAUAAAUCGGUAGCAAACAGGACAGAAAUAGCUAAUAAAGUUUCAGAACGCGUUGUAGUGCUGAAAUAAUACCGGAUUUGCGACCUAGUACAUCAACGGGAGUUGUGAUGGCAGAAAAACGUAAAAUUUCAACACAAGAAAGUUCGACUGUUGUACCGAAUGGUUUAAG